CAACCCAGAUCAGACGCACGGAUUUCUCUACAGAUCAGUGAUUAAACUUCUUGCAAGGCGGUUGAAGCGAAGGGAUACCCAUCGCCCGUGAUUCUUAUCUGUCGCUUUGAUCGAAUACCAAUAAUAAACCAUCGCUGAUGGCUUCUGAUUACGCAACCAAUAGAACCGUCGAGACCAUCUAACGAAGACGACACAGGCACUGAUAUAUUAUAUCAGUGCACAAGGGAAGCCGAUUAACCACCAAAAAUCGAUCGAGACUUUCUCCCCCGCUUGUGAGCUGUAACAAAAGCUAUCAUGUAUAGCAACUAAUAGUAGUCUUUGGUAGUCUUUGCGAGGUUAAGGCAUCUGGGUGCGAAUCAAAGUGUUGUACAAGAAUCGACAAGUAUUUCAGCAAAGAUGGACACUAACGUGGAGACUUGUCUUAACGAUUGGAGCGAUUUGACGCAGGAGUACAAGGUUCUUGAGAUGUUGAGUAGAGAGUACUGCACAAAGUUAGAGGAGGUGAGCGAGCUGCAGGCGAAAUGUUUGCAGGGGAUAGAGCACCAACGUUACAGAAUGAAUGCCAUUAGCAAAGUUCUAAGACAACUACAUACGAGUGAGACAUCUCAAUGCUUGGAUAAAGAUAUAAAUAGACGGAUCGAUCAGUUACAUGAGAUGGAACAAGUACUGCCAAAGCCUAAUGGAACUUAUCUCAAAAUAAUACUGGGGAACGUCAACGUCUCCAUACUGAACAAAAACGAUAAAUUCAAGUACAAAGACGAGUAUGAGAAGUUCAAGUUGGUUUUGUCGAUGAUCGGGUUUGCAUUAUCCGUUGUCAAUCUAUUCACCAAUGUAAGGACACUGGAGCUGAGCUUCAUGUUUCUAUUGGUAUGGUACUACUGUACCUUGACGAUAAGGGAAAGCAUACUGAAAGUCAAUGGAUCAAGAAUAAAGGGCUGGUGGCGUUUUCACCACUUUCUGUCGACUGUAGUUUCAGGAGUUCUACUUGUCUGGCCAAACACGGAUUGUUGGUACACUUUCCGUGGCCAGUUCAUGUGGUUCAACGUCUACAUAAGUGUGGUUCAGUAUCUGCAGUUUCGUUAUCAACAUGGCGUGUUGUAUCGCUUGAAGGCCCUUGGGGAACGACACAACAUGGAUAUAACUAUCGAAGGCUUCCAUUCGUGGAUGUGGCGUGGACUUUCGUUUCUGCUGCCCUUUCUAUUUUUAGGCUACCUUUUCCAGUUGUUUAACGCGUACACGCUAUACAAGCUCACUUUUCAUCCAGAAGCUACUUGGCACGUACCGGUGUUGUGUUUUACAUUCCUAGUACUUUUUUUGGGGAACACGAUAACAACCGUAAUGGUCAUCCCACAAAAGUUAAGGGAACGCGUCCGUGACAGUUUGCCCGGUGUAUUCUCAUCGAAAAUUUCUCAACGGAAAGAAGCUGCCAACAAGAAAAACUCUGAAAGCAAGAAUGAGAAAAUUAACUGACCAAGAAUGACUGAUCAAGGAUGCACAGUUUUUAGAGGAAAUGAUAGAACUAAUUCAAUGUGACGAGCGCCAUGUUGUCGAUACGGUAGAUCUCACAGAGGUGACUUUAUUUUCACUCGUUAAUAAAGGUAUAAUGAAUUUCGAAUACGGCCAUCGACCGGUUUUAGAUUGAAAACAUUCGUUAUGAUUUGUACAUAUUGAUUCGCAAAUUAUUUGGAAAUAUUUUGAAGUUUACCCUAAUCGAUUUCCUCUACACAUGUGUUUAUAAUCAGCCGAAUCAUGUCAAGCAUGAACUAUGGAGCCCAUGCGUGUGUGUCUACUUAUUGUAUAUGUAAAUAUAUUUUUCACAUACUGUACGUAUGUACGUACAUAAAGUAUGAAUGCCACAAAACACAAGACAAGUUGACCAUUAUAUCGCACCUUAUUAUCUA